CAUCUGUCAGUCAAACGAAAAAAAGGUAGGUAGGUGGUAUCUAUGUCUGGCUAGGCUAGUUCUUUGUUUAUAUUUUAAUAUACGGGUCGUAAAAAUUGUUUGUGCUGUUAAAUUUGUGGGCUCAGUGUGUAGGAGAUUGUUAUCUCCAGAACGCGGUUGGCUUGCAGUGGUUCGCGCGUUUGUUCAGAAUGUGGGAAGAGAGCAGCAGUAGCACUGCGAGCGCCAACAGCAGCAAGCUGUUCGCGGAGAGCACCAAGCAGCACGACGCCGUCUUCAACGAGCUGAUGAGAGAGUGCAAGCACAGCGCGCCCGGCGCGCGCCUCUCCGCGCGGCUCAGGACUUCGCUGGAACGCAUGUGCCCAGCGGAGCGGCGUGCGGUGGUGGCGCGCACGCGCGAGGGCUGCGCGCCGCUGUUCGUGGCGUGCAAGCGCGGCAACGUGGAGCUGGUGGAGUACCUCGUGCACGUGUGCGACGCGGAGCUGGAGCAGCGCGGCGUCUACGAGGUGCCCGACGACCGCUCCGUGCACACCGUCACGCCGCUCUGGUGUGCUGCCGUCGCCGGCCGCCUCGAGGUGCUGCGCGUGCUGAUAGACGCGGGCGCGGACGUGAACGCGGGUUCGGACAGCGGCUCCACACCCGUGCGCUCGGCGUGCUUCAUGACGCACCUGGACGUGGUGCGGCUGCUGGUGGCGCGCGGCGCCGACAUCCGCCGCGCCAACCACAACGGUGGCACGUGCCUCAUCAACUCCGUGCAGUCCGUGCGCCUGUGCACGUUCCUGCUGCAGCACGGCGCGGAGCUGGACGCGCAGGACAUGCAGCUGAAGACGGCGCUGCACUACGCCAUCCAGGAGCACCGCGUGGAGACCGCGCGGCUGCUGCUGGACCACGGCGCUGACCCGCACCUGCGCUCGCGCUCCGGCGACGACGCGCUGCGCACCGCUUGUCUCAAGGGCGCUGCGCAGAUCGUGUCGCUGCUGUGCGCGCGCGUGUCGUACGCGGCCGCGGCCGUGGCGGACGCGUACGAGCUGCUGGGCUCCACGCAGCUGGACGAGUUCAAUGACGUCAGCGCCGCGCUCGCCGCCUACAGGAAGGCCACGCUGCUGCGCUCGCAAGGUGAGCAGUACCUGCCGAAGCUGCCGGAGCUGGAGCCGAUCCCGGCGCUGGGCAACGCGCGCGAGUGGUCGAGCCUGGCGGAGCUGGAGGCGCUCGCCACGGACAUGGACGCGCUGCGCACGCAGGCGCUGCUGGUCGCCGCGCGCGUGCUCGGCGCUCACCACAAGGACACCGUGCUCCGCAUCAUGUACCGCGGCGCCGCAUACGGCGACGCGUUCCGCUACCAGCGCUGCGUGGACCUGUGGGGCUGGGCCCUCAUCAUCCGCGUCGAAAAAGACUCUCUGCUCUACACCGACACGUGUCACACGGCGUGUGCACUGACGCGGCUGAUGCUGGACGCGCACGCGGGGCGGCUGGAGCGCGCGCGCGGUGUGCCCCGGCACAGCGACGUCAUGCUGGCGUGCAGCGCGGUCGCGCGCGCGCUGCCGGCCGCGCGCCGCGCGCUGCAGCCGCGCCCGGUGCACAAGAAGCAGGCGGAGACGUUCGACCGCGCGCUGCGCUGCGCCACGCACCUGGUGUUCCUGCUGCUGCAGACGGCGGCGCCGCACGAGCGCGCGCGCGCGGCCGCGCUCGUGCGCGAGCUGGUGCACGCGGACGUGCGCAGCGCGCACACGGGCGACACGCUGCUGCACCUGUGCGUGUCGCGCCUCAACGUCGUGCGCUCCACCUACUUCGCGGACGAGAUCGCCGCGCCGCCCGUGUUCCCGUCCGUGGCCGUGGUGCGGCUGCUGCUGCAGUGCGGCGCCGACGUCAACGUGCGCAACGAGGCGCGCUCCACGCCGCUGCACGUGGCCGCCAUCCCGUACAACUUCUCCACGGAGCUGGUGGAGGCGCUGCUGGCGGGCGGCGCACACCUGGACCAGCCCAACAAGUUCGGGGACUCCCCGGCGGAGCUGGUGGCGCUGAACCGCGGGUCGCGCGUGCGCGUGCUGCGCCACGUGACGCUGCGCUGCCUGGCGGCGCGCGCGGCGCUGGCGGCGGGGGUGUUGGCGGGUGAGGGGGCGCGGGAGGGGGAGCUGCCGGCGGAGCUGCUGGCCUUCCUGGAGCUGCACCGCUCCUAACGCCUCCGCUGCCGGCGCCGGCCGCGGCGGUUCACGUGCUACUCGCAUCUGCGACGAGGCUGAGCGCUCGCUCUGUGCGAUCUCCGGAGCCGCGUCUUGUCGUGUUUUAAAACUACAUUCAACAUUACGAGUGGAUAUACCUACCUGUGUUUAUUUAUAUCCGUAAGUUCUUGCCUAAUAUUAGGACAAAGCAGACCCGAUGUUAUUUUGCGAUUUUUGAAAUACAGUGACAAUUUAUUUCGCCUUCAAUGUCAACGUUUGAUUUUGAAGAUGUGCCAUUGUUUCUCCCAUCGAAAUAAAAAUAUUAUUAUGACUCCCUUCCACAUUAAUGUGCACCACGUUUAGAGGUAUUUUAAAGCAAAUAUGACAUUUCAAUAAUAGUCUCGAACAUGUUAUUAUCUCAUACAUAUACAUGAUAUGACGUAUCAAGAAAUAGAGAUAUCUGGCCGCAUGUAACGGAGCGGUGUUGUAAUCAACGUGCAAUCAUAGCCAUCAAUAUGUUAGUAUUAAUGUUAGAUGUCGACAAACUGCGUUCGGGUGAAUGUUGUACAUUCUCUAGACGUAGAUGUUAUUAUGAAAUGUUAACUCGAUCUGAACAAAAUUGGCGCCGCGCGCCGGAUCUCAUUGUUGUUGUGAAUUUCUUAGUUUUAAAUCAAAUAUUACUAAAUUUUAAUUAGAUAUUAAUUUAAAACAUGUAAACUUAAUUAUGACAAAAUAAAACUAUAUUUACGUCCUUGAUGAUUUUAAUUAACGAAUUAGCACCCAUUUUUUGAGCUAUCCUUAGAUAGCAAGAGAACAUUUUGCUUGUAAUUUGGUUGGUGUUGAAUUACCACAGUUCCCUUUUCAUCGAAGAU